CACAUGACUGGAAGCUUGUCCCAGUGCUGGCGGUGCAGUGACCAUGCCUACAACACAGCAGUCCCCUCAAGAUGAGCAAGAGAAGCUUUUGGAUGAAGCAGUUCAGACUGUCAAGGUGCAGUCUUUUCAGAUGAAGAGAUGCUUGGACAAGAACAAGUUGAUGGAUGCUCUGAAACAUGCCUCCAACAUGCUGGGUGAGCUUCGGACCUCCAUGUUGUCACCGAAGAGCUAUUAUGAGCUCUAUAUGGCGAUUUCUGAUGAGUUGCACUAUCUGGAGAUAUACCUAACCGAUGAGUUUGCAAAGGGACGGAAGGUAUCUGAUCUCUAUGAGCUCGUCCAGUAUGCUGGAAACAUCAUCCCCAGACUUUAUCUGCUGAUCACUGUUGGAGUUGUGUAUGUGAAGUCAUUUUCUCAGUCAAGGAAGGAUAUCUUGAAGGACAUGGUGGAGAUGUGCCGUGGUGUUCAACAUCCUUUAAGGGGACUUUUUCUACGAAAUUACCUUUUGCAGUGUACCAGGAAUAUAUUGCCGGAUGAAGGAGAAGAGACAAAUGAAGAAGUUACUGGAGACAUUAGUGACUCAAUGGAUUUUGUCUUGCUAAACUUUGCUGAAAUGAACAAGCUCUGGGUUAGAAUGCAGCACCAAGGACACAGUCGUGACAAAGAGAAGAGAGAGCGGGAGAGGCAAGAGCUUCGAAUUUUGGUGGGAACAAAUUUAGUACGGUUGAGCCAGCUGGAAGGGGUGAAUGUGGAGAGAUAUAAGCAGAUUGUGUUGCCUGGGAUAUUGGAACAAGUUGUUAACUGCAGAGAUGCUUUGGCACAAGAAUACCUCAUGGAAUGUAUAAUCCAGGUUUUUCCGGAUGAAUUUCAUCUUCAGACCUUGAACCCAUUCCUUAGAUCCUGUGCUGAGCUACACCAAAAUGUCAAUGUGAAAAACAUAAUUAUUGCUUUAAUUGAUCGGCUUGCUCUUUUUGCACAUCGGGAGGAUGGACCUGGGAUUCCAGCAGAUAUAAAACUUUUUGAUAUUUUUUCACAGCAGGUUGCCACUGUAAUACAGUCGAGACAAGAUAUGCCUUCAGAAGAUGUUGUAUCCUUGCAAGUGUCACUCAUUAAUCUUGCAAUGAAAUGCUAUCCUGACCGAGUAGAUUAUGUUGAUAAAGUGCUUGAGACUACAGUGGAGAUCUUCAACAAGCUCAAUCUUGAACACAUUGCAACCAGCAGCGCCGUCUCUAAAGAACUGACCAGACUUUUAAAGAUUCCUGUUGACACUUACAACAACAUAUUGACUGUCUUAAAGUUAAAACAUUUCCAUCCACUUUUUGAAUAUUUUGACUAUGAAUCAAGAAAGAGCAUGAGCUGCUAUGUUUUGAGUAGUGGACUGGAACACAAUACAGAGAUUGGAUCUCAGGAGCAGGUUGAUGCAAUCAUGAACUUGGUUUCGACAUUGAUACAAGACCAGCCAGAUCAACCUGCAGAAGAACCUGACCCUGAAGACUUUGCUGAUGAACAGAGCCUUGUUGGAAGGUUUAUCCACCUCUUGCGAUCAGACGAUCCUGAUCAACAAUACUUGAUACUUAACACCGCUCGGAAACAUUUUGGUGCAGGUGGUAACCAGAGAAUUCGGUUUACUUUACCUCCGCUGGUUUUUGCUGCAUAUCAGCUUGCAUUCCGAUAUAAGGAGACAUCAAAAACGGAUGACAAAUGGGAAAAGAAGUGCCAGAAGAUAUUCUCUUUUGCUCAUCAGACCAUAAGCGCAUUAAUUAAAGCAGAGCUGGCAGAGCUGCCCCUCAGACUAUUCCUCCAAGGAGCUUUGGCAGCUGGAGAAAUUGGAUUUGAGAAUCAUGAGACAGUGGCCUAUGAAUUCAUGUCUCAGGCGUUUUCACUGUAUGAAGAUGAGAUUAGUGACUCGAAAGCUCAGUUGGCUGCAAUAACGCUAAUAAUUGGAACAUUUGAGAAGAUGAAGUGUUUCAGUGAGGAAAACCAUGAGCCCCUUAGAACACAAAGUGCACUCGCUGCAUCAAAACUCCUGAAAAAACCUGACCAAUGCCGAGCUGUGAGUACAUCAGCCCAUCUCUUCUGGUCAGGCCGCAAUACCGACAAGAAUGGAGAGGAGAUUCACAGUGGUAAACGGGUCAUGGAGUGUUUGAAAAAAGCUCUUAAGAUUGCUAAUCAGUGCAUGGAUCCUUCGCUGCAAGUUCAGCUCUUCAUUGAAAUUCUGAACAGAUAUAUCUACUUCUAUGAGAAAGAGAAUGAUGUGGUAACUGUCCAGGUUUUGAAUCAGCUUAUCCAAAAGAUUCGUGAAGACCUUCCAAACUUGGAGGCCAGUGAAGAAACAGAACAGAUAAACAAACACUUUCACAAUACACUUGAGCAUUUGCGUCUACGGAGGGAAUCGCCUGAAUCUGAUGGUCCAAUAUAUGAGGGUCUUGUAAUUUAAGAAAGUGAAGGACACCUGCCCCUCUCCCCAUUUAAAGGGACACAUUUAUAAGGAUAAACUGUGGCUUGGAUUAAAUAAUUAAAAGCAGUAAUUCAUUUGUUUAAAAAAUA